GUUCAAACGUAAACCCCUAUUUACUUGUAUCCCGAAAAUUAAGUUAGAAAUCCCAUAUUGGCUCUGUUAGUUACUAUGUAAAACCGCCUAGAGAAAAUAAGCGAAUUUAAAAGUUUUAUCGAUUAUUACGGCCAUAUUGUAAAAGCAAUAUCCGAUGGGUUCUGUCUUGUAUUUUCCUAACCUUUCGACAGUCCACACCUUGGUAAGCUCUAAUCCAAAGAAAUAAAAUCCAUCCAAUGUCCAAACACUAAUUACAUACUUGUGUUUCAUUGCUCUUUAUUUCUACUUUCCAUAAACUACAUCGGGAGCUACAAAGCAAACAAAAAUUAUAGUUUGGUUUGCAUUUGUUUCGGCUCGAGAGAUCCAUAACCAGUUUUACAUCAUCCAGGUUCCAGCUCUUUUCGCGCCCUUGCCUAUCCCCUGUAGUCAUUAAGCUGCGUUCCAUUUCUACAUUUGGUCCUUCGAACCGGAUUGGUUGCGAUACUCUCUGAGAUUUCAGCUCCACAACAACUAUCAUCUCUUAAAGGUACGUUCGUAUUUCAUAUGUUUAGUGCUAUCUAGUAUUCCGUGGCAUUUCAUGUGAUUACACACGUAAAGCACACCAUUCCGAUGUUUGCGGUAUAGAAAUUCUAUUCACGUGUUUUAUGUAGACAAGCAAGUUAAGAAAUAUGAAGAAUUAAUGUGUUUGAUCAAGGAGCGUUUGUGCGAAAAGCUUAAACUUUGACACUGCAUUUUAUUUGGGACUGUCCUGCUCAAAAGUGAAGCCUGCGGAGUAUUUUGGGACCAGAAGGAUUAUUCUUCAUUUCUAAUCGAUUUUUGGAAAAUAAGAAGUCGUUAAGUAAUACUCCAGCCUUGAAUUUGGAGAAAAUCUUAAGUUGACAGAUGUACGUUCAUAUAAUGAAUUCCCACCACCAUGAGAAAAAGAAGCCGGGUCAUUCCUCCUUUGUAUGCAGGCUGUGCAGGAAAAUACAUUCCCUCAAAACAUGCCGUUUAUUCCUCCAAAUGAACACAAAUCAGCGAAUGGAUGUGGUCAAAAAAUACGGAUACUGUCUAAAUUGUCUGGCACACACACAUUCUCAAGGUUCUUGCUUCACCAAAACGGGCUGCAGAUAUUGCCAUCAACGCCAUCAUUCACUGCUACAUAUGCACCCCAGGUUAAAGAAGAAGACAUUUUCUAGAUCAACAAAGUCUCAAGCUCGAAGUAAGCCUAAUAAGAAGUCCGAAACAGCUUCAGCCUCAAAAAAUAUUCCCACGCCACUCAGGCCCAAUGAAGCAGCUAAAGAAUCGUCGACUUCGCUCACUGCAAUACUCCGACAGAAUGCUGCCACCUUACUGCCAACAGCCUCGGUUAUAAUAAACGCAAAGGAUGGGAAGCAUUAUGCCAGAUGUCUACUGGACUCUGCAUCCAGAAUGAGUUCCAUCUCCAAGCCGUUCGUGGACAAGCUGCAACUUACAACGUUAGAACUGGAUAAUGAGACCAUUUGCCCCAUCACUUUGUGGUCCCGUAUUGAGGAAAAUUUCAAGAUAGAGACCACCUUAAGGGUUCAUCGACGUAUAAGUACGAUGACUCCGAAAGAAUCGUACCCGGUGAGCAUAAAGUCGCACUUCCAUAAUUUAGUUUUGGCCGAUAAAACAUUCUACAAGUCUUCGGCUAUAGAUAUAGUCCUAGGAGUCGACAUACUUUCUCGAAUCAUGCGAGAGGGUCUUUUUGCAAGAGUUGGUCUUCCUACGGCCCAAAAUACUGCUUUUGGCAUGGUGAUUUACGGAACAUUUUCUAUUUAAUUAGCAAUACUUGCUGUUAUGUUAUAAUAUAAUUACUCUAUAUAGCAAAAAUAUUUUGAAUUUUAACAUUAGAAAAAAUAGUAACAAAUACUAUAGAAUUAUCAUUAGAAUUGAAUAUAUAUAACCUUAAAAGAACCGUAUGCUUGAAUUACUUUCCUUGAAUUUGAUUAAAUUUGAGAUAUAUUGCCCUUAUUGAAUUUCCAGUAAUACUGCAAGGCGGGCGGAAUGUUUACGUUCAAACGUAAACCCCUAUUUACUUGUAUCCCGAAAAUUAAGUUAGAAAUCCCAUAUUGGCUCUGUUAGUUACUAUGUAAAACCGCCUAGAGAAAAUAAGCGAAUUUAAAAGUUUUAUCGAUUAUUACGGCCAUAUUGUAAAAGCAAUAUCCGAUGGGUUCUGUCUUGUAUUUUCCUAACCUUUCGACAGUCCACACCUUGGUAAGCUCUAAUCCAAAGAAAUAAAAUCCAUCCAAUGUCCAAACACUAA